AUGAGCUCUACUAGGACCUCGCCGCCGCGUUCGCCCGUAUCGGAGCUGCAUGUGGUCUACCCCGCGCAGACGGAUGCUAGGGCGGCGCCGCAGACGGUGCCCGUGUGCAGCCGCUUCGCGGCACUGAGGAGCAGCGUCAUCUCUGCAUCGUCGACGCUGAACUUGUCAGCCAGCAGCACGCCUGCCAAGUCGGUGCCCGCUCUUGAGGUGGGCACUUCGCUAUUGGACCGACUGAAGUCUUCCCUGACGUCACCGGGUGCGCCGAAGACCGCCACAUCGACGACGGCAACGACGACCUCCGCUGCAGCAGCUGCCUGCGCCUCACAGUCGUCGAAAACACAGCACACACAAAGUCACCCAUCGGCUGACGCCGACAGCGUCAAGGGACGCGCCGGCGUCGGUGCCAAUGGUGCCAGUACUGUCUCCUCGCUGUCUGCUGCCUCUGCACCGCCGUCCGCGUCCCUGACAGUCAUCGCGGCAUCGUCCGGUAAGCUGUAUCGGCCACCGCACGCACGUGAGGACUCGCCGAAGCAGUAUUGGGGCGCCGGUGAUGGUGGAGGCGGCGGCAACACCGCGACCACAACGGUGUCCGGUGCGGCCCCCACACCUUCAGACAGCGCAGCCGCCAUUGCAGGGGCAGCCGCGGUGCCGACUUCGUCGUCCUCAUCAUCGCCACCGCCGUUGCGUCCGAGCGUGAGUGCAGUCACGUCGGAGUCUGCGGACGCCUCGUCGUGCUUUCCGGUGAGCAAGGCCAACGCUUUUUCGACUGCCGCCCCGCAACGCGGCGGCAGCUCGAUAUCAGCUGCACCGUCAUCCAUCGUAUGCGUACCAGCGACUGCUGCAGCAGUCGCGUCAGGCGCGUCCCCUGUGGCGACCCUCCCACCGCCCCCCACGUGCGAGGACGACCAGCAUGGACAGGCGGGAGAGUCACCGGCGGCUCAUUCGCCUGUAACGGCAACGCCCAGAGAGCCUGGCGCCGUGGAGGGGCGAGAACCAGCAGAACCACUGCCGAAGCCCUCCCGCUCGGCGAAGCGUAAGCAGAAGAUACGUGCUGUGGCAGCAGCAGCGGCCGCUGCCGCCGCAGCCGCAGCAGCAGCAGCAGCGGAGGCUGAGGCUGAGGUGGAGGUCGACGUGGCGGCGGAGCGCAGUGAGGUCGUGGCCGUACACCCGAAAAGCGGCUCGAUGGCUACAACCAAUGACAGGGCGUCAGCCAGAAUUGGUUUGGGUGCACACCCAUCGUCCGCGCGCACGGGGUCGACCCCAAGGAAAAUAGCAGCGGCGCCGAACACGAGUAGCGUGAGCCGCCGUCCUGGCUGGCACCCUUCUUUCACGACAUCUGCGGCGGUAUCAACAACCGUCGCGGGCGAGGGUACAGUCAACGUGGCCGGUGAUACAGAGGCAGUUGGCAGCAGUGGGAACGGUGGGCCGCAGAUGAUGGAGAAUGGUCUUAGUAGUGUGAUGCCCGUUUCCUUCGCAGGGGCGCCGCUGUCGACGAGCUACGCGGGGCAGACCGCCAACACGGUGUCUGGCAUGAGCGGCGCUGCCGGGCAGCUACUCCCAACUGAGAUGGCGACGGCCGGCGGUGGUGGCGAUGGUGGCAACGCUGGUUACAUGAAUGGCUAUGUGUACCAGCAACAGCAGCUGCUGCGCCAUCCGCAUCAGUCACCCACACAACAGUACUACGCCGUCUCACUGCUUUCACAGCAGCAGCUGCAGAUGGCGGCGUGUGGCUACUACAACCCCUCUCCCAUGGCCUCUCCACAACAGCAACAGCACCCUUCCUAUGCGCGGCCUUCCGCAUCCGGGGUAGAACUCAGCAGCGCGGCCGCGACCACCAGCGCCAAAGCUCUGCUCGCUGCCGGCGCAGCAAACACGUCGGUGACGGGAGCUUCGGCAACCAUGUUCGACCUCGCCAAUACAGCGAUGAGCGCGAGCGGUGGCGGCGCAGCUCCCCCUCCGCACCGUGCACCCGGCCUUUACCGAGGUCGUGGAGCGGCGGCAGCGGCCAAAGCGCAAGUGCAAGCAGCAGCAGCAGCAGCGGCGGCUAGUCAGAGUACAGCUGGUCAGCUUGCACCGUCAGCGUCCCCGCCACCCGCGCCAGCAGCGACAGGGCGUGCAUCCCCGUCCGCGCUGUUGCCGCCGCGCAGCGGCCACCUGCCGAGCAUCCGCGUCGGUGUUUCGACGACAAUGAACGCUGACUCAUCCGCAUCGCCCUCGACGGCGGGGACUGGUGGCACCAGUAACUUCACGGCACCAUGCGCAGACACACUAAGCAGCAACGCCACGGCAAUGGGUGCGGAGUGCAUCGGCAGCACAAUGCUGAACAUGGCGUCUGGCAUGUCCCAGCACCACCACCACACACCGUCGCUGGCACAUCCCCCAUCCAUCUCUGGGCAGUUCUCGCAGCGCCCGCCUCAACACCAUCACCAGACCAUGUUGCUCGGGAGCCUGAGCCUCGACGGCGGCGGCGGUGGCCAAGUGGACACGACCCAUCACGAAGACAUGGAGUCGAAGUCCUCCAUGUCCCCCGCGGCAGCGCAGGAGCACAUCUUCGCCACCACCUCGCCACACAUGCCGUCCCGAUCGCAAGGCGGGCCCUCGGCCGCCGUGAACUGGGAAAGCAUGUGUGGCUCUAACCACGGCCGCUCGGCCAACGCGAAGCACAAGGGUGCCACCAGUGACUGUGCGCACAGUCGUGGGAAAAACAGCCACAACCCAAGCACUGUUGCCGGCUUCAACAACAACCGUCGCAGCGGCAGCCGACACGGUCACACGCAACAGCAGGCGAUGAUGGUGAACCAACUAGGCAACUACAUGAGCUCUAUGUACGGAAGUCUGCCGAAUCCAAGCCAGCACGGCACCGGCCACAUCGGCAGCAGUGGUGGUGGUGGCAUGAUGCCUAUGCACCACAACGCACUCAGCGUUGGCGGUGGUGGUGCGGGUCAGCAGCUCAUGUUCCACCAUCAACAACCACAGCAGCAGCAGCAGCAGCACACGAUGGCGAGACCGCCCCCGAUCCCGUACUACGACUUUAUCACGGUGCUGCCGACGUUUGUGGCGACGUGCCUGACGCUAAAGCCGGAGGACGAGGCAAACCGCGAACAGCUCUGCUGGAUCAUCGAGGCCGUGCUGCGUAAGCACCUCAACCAAAAUGCAGAGAUCCGUGUGCACGGCUCCAUCACGACCGGCCUGGCACUUCCAUCGAGUGACGUAGACCUCCUUGCGGUCGGGUAUCAGCCGAUCGCGCCGCUCGAAGCGCUGCAGCGGCUGUCGAAGGCCCUCUUGGAGUUGGACGAAGACAGCAAGAACGACGCCCUUCGCCUGCAAGAGCUCAUCGAGGCCGAAGCGCAGCACCGCCGCCGGCAGCUGAUGGAGGAAGCCAAGAAGCGGGCAAAGCAAGUGGCGCUGGCGGCAGCGACUGGAGCCGGAGUUGCAGUCGCACCCGACGAAGACCGUCACUGGACCAGAGAGAGCCACUGCAGUGCUAGCGAAGUCUGUGAGGCAGCCAGCUUGCGGGACUCCGACAGCGACCCCGAUGGCAACGGCAGACGGUCUGAGGAAAGUGACAACGAAGGUGAAGGGGCGAGCGGCCUCUCGCCGAAGCGUGUAGCGCGCGCUGGCAGUAUCGCGAAGAGCCUCCUCCUUGGUUCCACCGGGGCCGCCGAGGAGCUGCCGGUAAUGGGCGAGAUGGAUGAGGCGACGCGGGUCACACCGGAUCACCGCGUGUCUAGCCACUCACGGCGCUCUCCUUGUGCACCUGAGCGAAGUGUCAGUGCCUCGUCGCUGUCGACCGAGUCAAGCACGACGUGCUUCUCCGUGGCCACCUUCCCCCUCGACACACGCAAACAGUUUCUGACCUCGAGCGCCACCGUUGGCGACGAGGACGAGCUUGUUCGCCUCGCCUCCGGCUCCGGCACCGUCCCCGGCGUGGGUGCCACGUCAACCGGCAAUAAAAGCGGUGUGGGCCACACAGACAGUGCGAGCGCAAGUCGCCUGCACGACCCCGACGUGGCGACGGCGGAGGACACGGAAGUCUACGGCACCGUUGGGGACGUGGAGCAGGCCGAGGAGGUGUUUCGCGGUCAAAUUGAGAAGAACUACAGCUUCAGCACCUCCGUGGACCUGUCGGCGCUCUUCGCGCCAUCGAUGCGUGGUGGUAUGCCAGCCGUCGCACCACCGGCGGCAGCAGCGGCGGCAAGCAGUCUAGGGAUCGGAGGUGCCGACAGUAGCAGCAGUGGUCUCACGCUCCAAAUAACCACGACGCGGCUGCAUGACUCUACCUCGUUGUCGUCCUCGCGCGAGUCUGCCGCAGCGAGUGGGAGCGCCGACCUGAAAGACGGCGCGUGUUCCCUGCCGCCCGCCAUGACGGGGGGUCUGCCUAUCGACGAGGACAAGAUAGCAGCACAUGCGCAGCCGCUGCCGAGAAGCAAGGCAGCGCCAGCCGACGCGGAUAAGUUGGCCAAUGAAGCGGAGCUGCGGAGCCGGCAGGCGAGGCUUGCAGACGGCGAUGCUGUAGCAGCCGAGGCGGAAGCGGCGCACGCGGGUACAGAAACCGUGUCCGCCGAUGAGGCCGCGACAGCUCAGUCGUCGUCGAUGUCGCCCACAGUUGCAGCAUCCGGAGAUAGGGCCGCCACGGUGCAGACCACGGCAGCUCCGCCGGCGACCCAGGACGCAGUGACGCGGAACCCGAUCGCUCUCGGUGCUACGGAUGGCCGGGGCCGUGGCGCGGGCUACCUCACCUACGUCCCUGUUCAUGAAGGGCCGCUGUUCCUUGUGCAGUCCAUCACGGCGACUCGUGUGCCAGUCAUCAAGUUGACAGACAAGGCAACCGGCACCAAGGUGGACAUCACCUUCGCUGGCGGCGAGCACUGGCGGUCGAUGCAGCUUACACGAUCGCUGCUGGAGGUGUUUCCGCACGCCCGCACGCUCAUUCUGUUCCUCAAGUACUGCGUGCGCAGCCUCGGCGCCGGCGAGAGUGAGCCUGGCGGGGUGACGUCUUUCGCCAUCUACCUCAUGGUGCUCCACUUCUACAAUGAAUGCCGCCAGCGCAUCCUCCUCCUCCUGCGUGAGCGGAACGCCGCGUCGUUGUCAGCGGAGGUGCAAGGCCCUCAAGCAGGAGCGGAUGCCGGAGAGCACCAGCACCAGCAGCCACAGAAGGAUCGCGCAGCGGAGAAAGCCCUGCGCCGCGGCGUCACCGCGGACAACAGUGCUGCCUCUCCUGCCGCCGCGCGCCAAGGCGCCUCUCCGACGGCGGGCUCCGCCCCCCUCACUCUUGGGCUGCUGGAGUACAUGCUGGGCGAGUAUCUUGCGCGAGUGGAGCAGCGUCACGCGCAGAUGGUAGAGGAGGCGGAGGCACGGAAAAGUGCGUCGCUCGACGCAGCAGUCGCCGGCGAUGUUGCCGCGCUCUAUAGCAGCAGCGGGAGGAUCCAGAAGUCGGUGCCAGCUCGUGGGCGCGCGUCAUCCUCCGCGGCCGUGGCGACGGGGGCGUGCGCGACCAUCAAGGCGGCCUACGCCAGCGACGACAAGGAGCGCCUGCGUGCGAUUCGCCAAGCGAUACUGGGCUUUGUCGGCGACCCGGCAGCCGCAACAGCAGCGGCAGGGACGUCCGUGACAGCGGCGGUGGCUCUGGCGCUGGCGCCACAGUCGACGACUGGCGCGACCCCUGAAGAGGAGGGUGGAACAGGCCGCACGCAGCAACCUAAACCCGCCUUCUCAGACGCUGCUGAGGGCGCCUCCGGCGGCGGAGCGGCAGCGGGUGCGAGCAACAGCAGCCGCACCAGCACCAGCACCCCGUCCUCGUUCUGCGAGCGGCAGCCCCCUAACCUCACCGGGACGCCAGACCUCGACAGCACCACCACCACCACACCUAGCAUCGGCGCGGUACUAGCGUCGGUAGUGGAUGCUGCGCCUGGCCGCCUCGCGCCACCGCCGCACCACUACCUACUCAAGACGGUAGAGCCUCACCCGCACGAGCGCGUGGUGAGCGAGGGGUCGCACGUCGACACCCCUGGCGCCGACGAAGCGGCAAAGCGCGGAGAAAAGCCGGAGGACGACACGAGCGCUGCGCGGUUGACAGCAGCCCUCGCAACACCAGAGGGUGUCAACCAAGAGAUGCGUGCCGACGCGGCGGCGGCAGAGGCAGCGGAAGGCGCUGAGCCGCCGGAGGAACUCGUCGCCGCCGCUGCCGCCGCCACUGGCACGGCCGCCAAUGCAGAUCCUGUGAAAGCCAGCCGGUACUCUGCUCAGUCAGCACCGCUGCCAGCGGAGACGGAGACGGCCGGCGCAGCGACAACCUCCGCGGACAGCAAGGUCAACUCGGCGAACGGCCAGGACACAGCGGGCGCCGAUGCAAGUCGAGUAGCAGAGGCGGCGGCAGCAGCAGCAGUGUCGACGUCGAGGAGGACCUCUGAGCAGCACAGCGACGCCGACAGCGAAAACAGCGCCUUUGACGCGUUCGCCGCGGACUUCCUGCGGCGGCAGGCAGAGGUGUCGGACUUGUUCCUUGACUUCUGCCACUACUACGGCUGCGCCUUCGAUUACGAAACCAGCGGCAUUCGUUUCACCGUUGACGGCCGCUCCGAGGUGGUGGCAAAGCCGUUCCUCUGCUCCCGCCGCGGUCAGCACUUCCACAUGACAUCCCCGUUCGACCCUGAGUACGACUUGACAGCGCGCAUGACGCACAUGCGCGACUUCCAGUGGCUGUGCUGGUGGUUUGCCGAGUGGGGGGCGGCGCGCCAGUCGCCGCAGUACCACGGCAGCUGCAGUCUGCAGUACGUCCUUCAGUGUCUGUCGCCAGUAUCAGCAGACGCGGACUGCCAGGCAGUGCAUCAGGCGCUCAUGAAGCAAGCCGUCGCCGCCGCGCGAAGUGCCGAAGGAACUGUCGCAGCGACGCUCACGCAAAGCUACAGCAACGGCGUCCCCGCGGACGAGGGGGGCCACCCUCACCACAGCAUGAGCGCCCCCAUGCUCGCCCUUCAAGAGAGCAUGGGGAGCAACCAUCACAUGAUGUUCAUGCAGCAGCGGCAGCAGCAGCAGCAGCAGUCUGCUCCCAGGCAGCCGCACACGAUGAUGAUGUCUAUGGACGGCAACACACAGUUGUAUGGCUCGCAGCAACAACAACAACCGCAGAGCAUGAGAAGCACCACGACGACGACGAUGCCGAUGACCUUUCGUGCUCAUCCACAGCAGCAUGCGGGUAUCCCGGCGCCACUGAUGAACGUGUACAGUGGCACUCGCGUCGAACAACAGCGCCGCGGCGGCGCGGGGGUGGCGCAACACUACGUUGCCGCGCCGUUCCCUCACCUGCAGAGCAUGAUGAUGUCGUCUGGCUCACCAGUGCAUGCUUACCAGCACCAGCACCAGCACCAGCAGCAGCAGCAGCAGGCAAACCUCAGUGAAGCGAAUGGCAUGGACAUAGCCACGCACGCGGGCGGGGGCGGCCUCAGUGAUGAUGGCCACCGCAACGCCCCUCAUGCAAAAUAUGGCGGCAGUAUCAGCAUCACCUCCACCGGAGCGAAGAAGGGCUCCGCGACGGCACACGAAACCGCGGCCCUGCGCGCUUCCAGCAGCAGUAGCAGUAGAAGCCGACCUGUCAGCGAAUCCGGCGCCACUGCGGCGGCCGCAGUAUCACCAAGGACUUGUGCACGCCGGCGUCCGCCACUGCAGCUGCCGUAUGUGGACUCACGGGAGGAAGCCUUCGACGGGUCCUCCAGUCACGCCGCCACGACGCCCACGGCGGCGGGGAUGGCGGCGGCCCACAGCUACCCUGAUGAAGACGACGACGACAUCGCCGCAGCAACAGCAGCAGCCGCAGCCGCAUCCACGUCGGUCAAUCACCUACUCUCGCUCCCCUAUGGCGAGAGUCUGGGGGAAACGUGGACGAGCCGCACGGCCACGACGACGACGACGAUGUACGGCGGCAACAGUCCUCUUGACCGCGUCGAUGUCACGCUCACGCCUGUGAAGGGCGACGAAGAUGAAGAAGACGAAGCCGGCGGACGCUAUGGGGACCGCGGCUACGGCAGCGAGAGCGUCGUUGACCACACCGACCGCCUCGACCAGUGUGGUGGCCGUGGGGGUGUGAACGCAGUCAUGCCGCAGCACUCCCAGCAACAGCUGGCGCCGCGUGACGCGCAGGCCACCGCAGAAGGCAAUGCUGGCGUUGGGGAGCACGGCGCAGGUGGCCCGUCCAACGGCUACGCGCCGAACAUGGCAUACACCGCCAACCAUGGCUACGCUGCCUCGUACCAGCAGCAGGCGUCCUACGGCAGUCUGCACCAGAUGAACCGAACUGCGGGCGCUUACGUCUCCCCGCAGCAGCAGCAGCAGCAGCACCAGCUUCAGCAGCAGCAAGAGCACGCAACGGCGGCUGCCGCCUUCUACUAUCAAGCUUUCGCCCAGCAGCAGCAGCGGCAGAUGCCCUACCCUCCGUCGCCACAGCUGAAGCAACCGGAGCCAAUCAUCAGUAGAACCGGCAGCGGGUUUGUGGCUACGGCCGGCUCCUCGUCGUCCUCGAGCUACCCCUUUCCAGCCCUGUACUACGACCUGCAGCAGCACCUCUGGAAACAGCAGCAGCAGUAUCACACGACGCGGAACAGCAGCGGCUCUGUCGGUGUCGCCCUCACUGCCGCCGCCGAUCAGGACGGAGGUAGCAGUCACCGCAGCGACGGCACCCCCAGCACCACCGCAACGAGUACCAGCGCGCAGCAGCAGCAGCAGGUGUUCCCGUACGCCCCGUACGUGGGAUAUCCAAACGUUUCGUUUGGUGUAGGCGGUACCCACAACACCGCCGCGGCGAGGACAGCUGCCGGUGGUGGUGCGGUGCCCCAGCAGCAACAGCAGCAACAGCAGCCGGACAUGAUGACGAUGCCCUCUAUGAUGACCUCGCAGAACGCCGCCGCCGUAGUGACAGGGACGCCGGUGAACACCAGCAGUGGUGACACCGGUGUCAGUGCAAGUGAGCCGCCGCAGCAGCCGCAGCAGCAGCAGUAG